AUGUUCCUCCACUUGACAUCCUUGGUAUUUGCCUGGGAUUCUCGUCAACCCCACGUUUCUCAAUAUACAUACUCCGGUGUUUCUCCAUUUUCCCAAAUCCCCAUUUGUAUUCCCAAUUGCACCCGUCUCGGCACAUUCCAGUUGGAUUCAAGACUUCGCACACAAAUCCCUCAGUCUGUGCUCCCCCCAGGGGCCCUUGUGCUCCACACUUGCUCCAGUCUCGGCAAUAGAGUCUUUUCGAUAAGAUAG